AUGAAGCAGCCGCCAAAGCGCCGCAAUAAGCUACCAACGCGUCGUGUCCGGCCAAAGUUGCACGGCUCCAUGCCUGGAAUGAUAGAAUGUGUUUUACCAUCCCGCAGGCCUCCGAACCGCAACGAGGUCCCAAGCGAGCCCGCUCUCGAUAGUUCCGUGUUCCUGGACCCAGACGACGCAGAAAACACGCGUCUUGGGCUUAGCCAAAGAUUCAACGGCGUAGCUGCGAAAAAGCCAUCGGCCCCACAAGACGUGCGCAAAGCCUUCCUCAAAAACGAAAUGGUUGGGGAAAUGCGUCUAGCUAUGUGCAUUGAGCGGUGGAACAACAAUGAGUGUAUUUGUCGAAAUCCACAGUGCAUGGAAAGAAAAGAGAGGCACCCCAGGUGUCGAAAGAGCUCGAGCGUCAGCACCGAGGGCGAUACCUGGAUUGACACAGGGUUCUCGGCGUGGUAG